CAGGUGGAGCAGCUACUCAACACAGUAGACAAGAUAGUCAUGGAAAACAAAGGAGGCUGCUACACCAAUGAGAUGCUACAAACAGUGGAGAAACAGUCAGAAACUAGUAAUAAGACUAACAACAGGGUCCCUAUGAAUGUUUGGAUCAAAUUAACAGGCCCCACAGCAGAAUCAGUGGCGAAAGCUUUCUUCGGGCCAGCUGUCGUAGUUUUACAGGAAACAAGGGAAGCAAGAAGAGGAGCAGAAGAUGUAACGGCAGAAGCAGAAGAGGAAGCAAACAGUGCACAGAAAAAGGAAGUGUACAUAAUAAACAGAGUUAUAAAAGGAUCAUUAAUGCCAAUAUCACCCGGAAAAGGAGCUGAAGGAGGAGGUGCAAAAGUAACUGGAAGAGGAGGAACAACGGCAAGAGUCAAACCAGUGUCAGCAGUGCUACCAACAACAAGGAUUGUCAUCGCUGGAACAGCCGGAGCUGGGAAAAGCAUCAGAGUGCUAAAAACAUACAGGAUUGUCCUGCUUGGAGAAACUGGAGCUGGGAAAAGCAGCCUGGCAAACGUCAUAUUUGGAGAGGAUGUGUACAAGAUGAAGAAUAACCCCACCUCGGGAAGAAGUGAAUGCCAAACAGAGUCCAAAUCUGUUCAUGGGAGAAGAAUUACGUUAAUUGACACUCCUAGUUUCUUUGACGCAGAUAGACCAGAGCAGGAGCUGAAGCCUGAGAUAGUGAGGUGUAUCACUGAGUGUGCUCCUGGGCCUCAUGCUUUUCUCAUUGUGCUUAAAGUGGAGAAAUUCACAGGGCAGGAGCAGGUUGUCAUCUCGAAAAUAUGCCAGUAUUUCUCUGAGGAAGCUUUCAAGUAUGCUAUAGUUGUCUUCACUCAUGGUGAGCAGCUCCCUAAAGGCAUGAAGAUUGAUGACUUUGUUGGUCAGACUGAAGGUUUGAAGGAUCUGGUGAAGAAGUGUGGCGGCCGAUACCAUGUCGUUGAUAAUAAAAACUGGAACAACAACCAACAGGGUGACUACAGGAGCAACCAGUUCCAGGUGGAGCAGCUACUCAACACAGUAGACAAGAUGGUGAUGGAAAACAAAGGAUGCUGCUACACCAGUGAGAUGCUACAAGCAGUGGAAGGAAACAGGACAUCAGUAGGAAACAUGUCGCUGAAAGAGACCAGCAAUAAGACUAACACCGGUAUCUCUAAGAAUGAGUGGAUCAAAUUAACAGGCCCUGCAUCAGAAUCAUUGGUGGAAGUAUUCUUUGGGCCAGUUAUCAAAACUGGGGCAGCAACAAAAGGAGCAGAAACAGCGGCAGUCGGAGAGGCAGAAGAAGAAGGGGAAGGAGAAGCAUCAACAGAAGCAGAAGAAGAUGUAGCAACAGAAGCAAAGGAUGGAGAAGAAGAAGGAGACGAAGGGGCGGCAAUAAAAGAAUGUCAAGCAGAGGAAGAAAAAACAGGACACAAAGAAGAGGCAACAACAGAGGCAGAAGACGGAGAAGCAGAGGAAGAAAAAGCAGAAGGAGGAGGAGGAGGGAAAGCAUUGACAGAAGCAGGUGGAGAACCCGAAGAAGGAGAAGAAGGGAAGUCGACAACAGGUGCAGGAGGGGCAGCAUCUGCAGGGGGAGCAACAGGUGCAGGGGGAGCAACAGGAGCAGGUGGAGCAACAGGUGCAGCGGGAACAACAGGAGCAGGUGGAGCAACAAGUGCAGGAGUAGCAGCAGGAGCAGAAGGAGCAGCAGGAGCAGGUGGAGCAACAGGUGCAGCGGGAGCAACGGGAGCAGGUGGAGCAACAAGUGUGGGAGGAGCAGCAGGAGCAGAAGAAGAGAAGAAAGAGAAGGACAUGAGGGAGAGGCAACAACAGAGGCAAAAGGAGAAGUAA